AUGAUUUUGGAGAUUGUUAAAAAGUAUGAAGAGUUUCAGUUUUGUGUUGUGUGCUUGCCUUUCUGUGUGGGUGUGCGACUCAUGGCGCGGCAUGGUGUGUGCCGUGCUGCUUGCAGCAUGAUCAGCAACAACUCCCUCUAUGGACCCCUUCCAGACUGCCUCUUUGACAACUGUAUCACACAGAUUGAUGUGAGCGGCAACAGUCUGUAUGGGCGCAUCAACCGCGACUUUAAGAACAUGCUGACGACCAACGGUGCCCCCAUUCGCACCUUGGCGGAUCACAAUGCCCUCGUCAACUUGGCUCACAACUUCUUCUUUGGAGAUGGGGUGAUCUUUGCUGCCGGCUGCAAGGUCUGCCCCACGGAGGUUAGCGAGCCCAACAACUUGGGCUUUGAGAUCAACAACCCCAACAACCUGGGCACAAGGGACACCUUUCCAUGGCGAGAGCUUGGUGGCAAGUGCGGCAUUUUUGCUCUAGGUAAUCUCGUGGAUGAGCGGGGCAAGACGGCGAGGGUGAGUCUGUCGGGCAACUGCCUAACCCUGACCCCUAACGAGAAGUGCUCUUCCAACGCCACCCAGCGCAGCACGGCAGCCUGCCAGGCGUUCUGCAGCAUCACGGAUAACGGCCCGUGUGACGGCCACGGGGCGUGUGUGCCGGCUGCCCCCGCCUCCCCCUCCAACUUCACGUGCCUCUGCGAUGCGGGGUACACCACAGUCGACUCGAGCAACGGCUCCUCCACAUGUGCCAUCGUCCACUCCACCACCAACACCACCACUGUGUCGUCUCUGUCGACGGGUGCAAUAGUGGGCAUUGUUCUGGGCAGCUUUGCUGGCUUCUCCCUGUUGGCUUCUGUGGUCGCAUGGCUGUUGUGGCCCCGCGGACAGAGUGAGCCCCUCAAACCCUUCACUUCCAUUCCAUCUCCACCAUUACUACACCACUUCCCUGGCUUCCUUCCCGACUCCCCACCUCUCCCAAUUUUCUCUCUCCACUGCCCUCAUGCUCGCCUCUCCACUGCCCUCAUGCUCGCCUCUCCACUGCCCUCAUGCUCGCCUCUCCACUGCCCUCAUGCUCGCCUCUCCACUGCCCUCAUGCUCCCCUCUCCACUGCCCUCAUGCUCCCCUCUCCACUGCCCUCAUGCUCCCCUCUCCACUGCCCUCAUGCUCCCCUCUCCACUGCCCUCAUGCUCCCUUCUCCACUGCCCUCAUGCUCGCCUUCCUCUGCCCUCAUGCUCCCCUCUCCACUGCCCUCAUGCUCCCCUCUCCACUGCCCUCAUGCUCCCCUCUCCACUGCCCUCAUGCUCCCUUCUCCACUGCCCUCAUGCUCGCCUUCCUCUGCCCUCAUGCUCGCCUCUCCUCUGCCCUCAUGCUCGCCUCUCCUCUGCCCUCAUGCUCGCCUCUCCACUGCCCUCAUGCUCGCCUCUGCUCUGCCCUCAUGCUCGCCUCUGCUCUGCCCUCAUGCUCUGUCCACGCAUCUACACCCUUCGUCUCUCACACCUCUGGUCUGAUUUUUUUCUGUGCGCAGAGAAGUGGGAGGGGUUGGACGUGUGUGAGCAGUUCUCGCUGCAGCAGAUGCUGACUGCCACCAACAACUGGUCGGAGGACAAUGUGCUGGGCAAGGGAGGCUUCGGCAUUGUCUACAAAGGCCGCUCGCCACAGGGGCAGCUGUGGGCCAUCAAGCGCUCCACCAUCAUGACCAACGACUUUGAAACGGAGGUGCGAGCCAUGGCCUCUCUCCACCACGUGCAUCUCGUGCGCCUGCUGGGCUUCUGCCUGGACCAGAACGUGGAGACGGGCAAGCAGGAGCAGAUCCUCGUGUACGAGUUCAUGGCCAACAGGGACCUCGAGUACCAUAUCCACAGGACCAAGAAUCCGCUCUCGCUGCGCCAGAGGCUGCGCUUGGCACAGGGAGCAGCAGAGGGCUUGGCGUACCUGCAUGGGUUUGACACACCCAUCGUUCACCGCGACAUCAAGCCCGCCAACAUCCUCGUAUCGGCUGACAUGCAAGCCAAGGUGGCUGACUUUGGGCUGCUCAAGCGCCUCACUCACGGCGAUGCUGAUGCCACACGUGUGGCUGGCACUCCGGGCUACGUGGACCCGGAUUACAACCGCACCAGCGUCAUCACAACCAAGAGUGAUGUGUUCAGCUUUGGAAUCGUGCUUCUUGAGUUGCUGAGUGGAAAGCCGCCUCGAGUCAACACGGAAACGCAUACAACGCAUAUCAGCAUAUGGGCUAUGAAGCUGUUGCAGGCAUAUGAGCUAGAAGAGCUGAGGGACAGAAAAAUGCCGGCAGCAAGCGAGGAGGCCAUAGUGGACUUUGCAGACCUGGCUCUGGACUGCAUCAAGUCUCCCGGCACACGGCGACCCACCAUGAAGGAUGUGGCAUACCGCCUCAGUGCCCUCAUUUCCAAGCACUGCCCUGACGAGGAGGACGAGUGGGAGAAUGUUGUGACAGAAGAAGGGGCAAGCAACCAAGGGAUGCCUUCUGAGUUGUGUGGAGAUGGAGGGAGGGAGCCUGAGAGGUCUCAUGGCUCACAGUCUGGUGUGUACUCACAGAGCAUGCGUGCGUAUGAGCAGGUCCCCCUCUCUGCGCCGGGCCACCCCUUCCCGUUGUUCCGAGCGCCGGCUCGGCUGUGUGCUGCCUCGCCGCAACACCCGCCCGCUGCCUGCUUCCCCUCCGCUUCUCCCCUCCCGCCCGCUGCUCCCCUCGCUUCUCCUGCCGCCCCCACUCACUGCUGGAAUCACUACCUGCUGCCGGGCCCUCAUCCCCCUCUCCUGCCUUGUUACGGGACCGUCGCAUGGGUGGAGACGCUGCAGCUUCCAAUCCAACAUCUUGUUUCACAAACACACCCAUCUGCUCCCUCUGCGCCUGCUGCUCACGUGCCUGCCUUUCCUGCCGUGUGUCUGUGCGGGAUCGUCGCAUGGGAGGAGGUACAGCUGCUGGUGAUGUGA